GUGUGCAGCAGCAGCAGCUCUUUCCGGGUCGCUGGUGGCGCGGCCUAAGCACGUCAUUGCCCGACGCCUGUUUGCUGGGGGGGCUGGGCUUGCGCUGGGGAGGUGACGUCAUUAGACCGCGUCGCCGGCCGGAGUGAGCCGAUCGAGGGCCGUGGAGGAAGCUGGCGAAUCUCUUGCUAUGAGUGAGCCAGAGAUAAAAAGGAACAAUGCCCUAAAGAUCAAGUUUGUGGCAGAUGAAGAUGUUCUGAAGCACAUUUUGGAGGAUACAGGUCUUAAGGCUCGAAAGAACAAAGCUGCACAUAACCUUGAUGUAAAAAGAUGGGCGAAAAAGACUGAAAACAGCUCGGAUGAUGAGGCUCAGGAUAUUUUUGAAGAGCAAGAUUAUGUGUCUGUUCUAGGAGUAGGCAUCCAAGGCUUUUUGAGAAAUGGAUGCAGUGCAGGUGGUAGAGAUGUCUUCCCAUUCCAAACGCCAAAACGCUCUAACAGGAUGGCAGAGAUGGCCUCAGAGCUUGCUAGUACGCCAGGAAAGAAUGCAAUAUACGAUGGCCUUAAAGAUCCUGAGAAGGAAGCAAGCACUCCUAAAAGCAGCAAGAAGCACUCUGCAUCAAGCAAAGGCCAGGUGGGGAGUAAAAAGAACGAGUGUUUGUCAAAAACACCUUACAGACUCAGGAAAAGAAUUACAGCUUUAAACACGUCCUCCGAUAGUGAAAGUGAUUAUUCAGCAUCGUGCUCUGAAGAGGAUGGUGAUGACAGUUACAAAGAAACUACUGUUGUAACUCAUCAGGAAACAGCCCCCAGACUCCAAACAACUUCUGCUCCAGCUAAGAAACUGAAGAAAGAGACUUCUAGCAAUUUGGUGGAAGAGUAUUUUGAAGCACAUAGCAGUUCCAAAGUGUUAACCUCUGACCGAACACUUCAGAAGCUGCAGCGGGGGAAACUGGAUCAGGAGUCCCUGCAAAACCUCUUGAACAAAGUGCCUGUUGCUUUUGCUGCUGAGCGUGAGGAGUUAACCAAACAACAUGAAUCGCUCUUUAACAAGUGGAUGUUGCAACUCCGCUUGGGAUUCAAUAUUAUGCUGUAUGGUUUAGGCUCAAAGAGAGAACUAUUAGAGAAGUUUCGCAUCUCUUUUCUUCAGGAUUCUGUUCAUAUUGUUGUAAAUGGAUUCUUCCCCAACAUGACAUUAAAAUCGAUUCUGAAUUCCAUAACGGAGGAGGUGCUGGAUCACGUGGGCACUUUUCGCAGCCCCCAGGAUCAGUUGGACUUGAUCAUGAAAAGAUUUAAAGAAGAUCCUUCUUUGGAGCUCUACCUGAUCAUCCAUAAUUUGGACAGCCAGAUGUUGAGAGGAGACAAAAGCCAACAAAUCCUAGGACAAUUGUCAUCCCUUCCCAACAUCUAUUUCAUAGCCUCUAUUGAUCACAUCAAUGCACCACUCAUGUGGGAUCAGGCAAAACAAAGUCUGUAUAAUUGGUUGUGGUAUGAAACGACCACUUACAGUCCUUACGUAGAAGAAACCUCCUACGAGAACUCCCUCUUGAUACAGCAGUCUGGGGCUUUGGCUCUGAGCUCCCUCACACAUGUGCUGCGUAGUCUCACUCCUAAUGCAAGGGGGAUUUUCAGGCUUCUGGUGCAGUAUCAGUUGGAAAAUAAGGAUAACACCUCAUAUCCAGGGCUUUCCUUCCAAGAUUUCUACCAACAGUGUCGGGAGGCCUUCCUAGUCAACAGUGACCUAACACUUAGAGCUCAACUCACAGAAUUCAGGGAUCACAAGCUCAUUCGGACCAAGAGGGGCACUGAUGGAGUGGAAUAUUUAUUAAUUCCUGUGGAUCCCGGAACCUUGACUGACUUUUUACAGAAAGAUAAUGAAGUUUGAAGUCCCUCCAACAUCGUAUGGCAACAACUCUCAAAGGCUACUGGAAUGCUUGUUGCAGUGCAGCCUGUUUUCAAUCUCAGGAGACUUCUCUACCUGUAAUAAUGGAGGCUUGUCUGUACUAGAUCUGCUCAGGUUUCUUAGUUUGGAUUAUAUCUGCAUCCUGACUUUCAUUACAGACAAUUUUUUCUGCUCAUAAAUAAGCCUUCUGCAAGGAAGGGCUUGGCUGGAAGAACUUCUUGAAAUUACUCAUGAAUUGCAGGUUGGAUGAAUGGUGGCAACAAUAUUUUGUUCAGCAACGGAUGGAGAUCUUCCAGUGCUCUGUGUGUAGACUGCAUUAUUGGUGGUCUAGUGUGUGCUGUUUGGGAUUUUGGCAAUGAUGGGAAUAGCCUGAACUUAGGCAAAGGCAAAUAUGAACAGCAGAGACUCAGGAUAUUAUGGAAAGUUAAAAUAAACUAUUAGCCUUAAUCAAAAACCUUAAGGGUAGAACAGGGAUGCUUUUCCUCAGAAUAUAAACCAUUUUACAUGUCUGAUUCUAAAUUGCAACUGCCUCUUUCAAGAAAUAUGCUGAUUUUUAACGUCUAUUUUCUUUGUGAUGACAUCCAAAGUAAGGAGAUGGAAUACUGUUCUAAAUCCCCUGAAUAAAAGUAAUUUGUCACUGUGAAAUCAUUGUUUUUUAAUGGUUGUUAUCAUACCCUGUUAGUAACCAAUACUGUUCCCUGCUUCUAGGAAACAUCUGCAUUUGAAAUAUUGAAAAGGCUGGGGCUUAAGAACAUUGUAUACAGCAAAAUUGGGGUAGAGUUAGACUCUGCUUGUCACAGGUAGUUUGACCUAACGGCCAGUCUAAAUUAGAACCUGCACCGCUAUGGAAUAGUUGGCCAGAUCAACCUCUGCUAUUUUAAAAUUUGAUUAUUUGAAAAGGUUGAGAUUUCAGUGUCCACGCUGAGGCCUCCCUAGUGGGUGAAUGGUGGAUGAAGGGUGGCAACAAUAUUUUGUUCAGCAAUGGAUGGAGGUCUUCCAGUGCUCUGUGUGUGCAACUGCCUCUUUCAAGAAAUAUGCUGAUUUUUAACGUCUAUUUUCUUAGUGAUGACAUCCAAAGUAAGGAGAUGGAAUACUGUUCUAAAUCCCCUGAAUAAAAGUAAUUUGUCACUGUGAAA